CACAUCAGCAACCGCGCGCCUCCGUCCGCUAAGCGCAGUCAAAUGGCGCCUCUCCAGAGAGUCACAGCGACCAGUCCGACCAGCUGAUGUUAAUUAGGGCAGAAAACGCUUCUCUGAUAUAUUAGUCUCUCUGUGUGCUAUGAUUCUGUGCGAUAUGUUUUUUAUUUAUCUGUGACAAAUGUGGACGUAUAGGAAGACAUUGUGCUUAGUUGUGCAUGGAGCUGAUGAUAUUCUUAUAACGGAUUGAUAACUAAAAGAUUAAUCCUAAGAUCUGGGAGCUGUUUAGCAUCUCUUCAGUUGGACAAGAGACUGAGGUGACUCACUGCAUGCUGAUCACCAACUUCAGAAUCGUCCCAGAUCCGUGUACCAUGAGCAGUUCUCGCUACGAACCCAGCUGGGACGUGGACCUGGCGCCCCUUCUGUCCUGUAAACUGUGCCUGGGAGAGUUUCCCCUGGAACAGAUGACCACCAUCUCCCAGUGCCAGUGCAUAUUUUGCAGUCUGUGUUUGAAGCAAUAUGUUGAACUCCUCAUUAAAGAAGGCCUUGAAACGGCUAUUAGCUGUCCAGACUCUGCCUGCCCAAAACAAGGACAUUUGCUGGAAAACGAGAUUGAGUUUAUGGUGGCUAACGAGGUCAUGCAGCGUUAUAAGAGACUCCAGUUUGAGCGAGAGGUGCUUCUGGAUCCUUGUCGGACUUGGUGCCCAUCAUCCUCAUGCCAAGCAGUGUGCCAGCUGAAUGAAUCAGAGGUGCAGUUGCCACAGCCGGUGCAGUGCCCUCAGUGCAGUCUGCGUUUCUGCUCCGCCUGCAGGGCAGACUGCCCCACCGGCCACACGUGUCAGGAGAGCCUGCCAAUUACCACCUUCCUGCCUGGGGAAAACGGCUCCAACCUCAAGAGUGAGGAGGACGAGGCUCCGAUCAAACGCUGUCCUAAAUGUAAAGUGUACAUUGAGAGAGAUGAAGGCUGUGCCCAGAUGAUGUGUAAGAACUGCAAGCACGCCUUCUGCUGGUACUGCUUGGAGUCAUUAGAUCACCUCUGUGCUCAGGUUGUUGGGAUUUUUGCUGGCUUCGGUCUGCUGUUACUAGUGGCCUCCCCUUUCCUUUUGCUGGCCACUCCUUUCGUGCUUUGCUGCAAGUGCAAGUGUAAACGUGGCGACGACGACCCUCUUCCCACCUAGAGCAACGUUUCAGCUUCAGGAGGUGACUUUCCACUCAUUUGACAGAGGAUCGGCUGUGAUCCUGUCUUGUUCUCCUGAGCACACUUUGCAGGUGCAUUGGUAAAAGACUUAUCUGUCCACGAGAUGGCACUUUUGAAUAUGUUGACUUGCAUUGAAAGGUGUUACAGAGGAGCAGAGAAGCUGAUUGGAUGAGCCAUUGGAGUUAAGCAGAUCUGUAGUGUUUGGAAGCAAACACUUUUGUUUUGUCUUUUGUUACAUUGUCUUGUAUCUUUUCUCAGCAUCACUUUUUCUUCACUUUAUGUGGUAUUAAGGUUAACUAAGCUAUUUUUUGAUGUUGUUUAUCCUGAGAUAUAACAAACACACUUGACAGGAAUACAUUUCUUAGCAGUGCUUUCAUAGUUUUCUUGUAG